AUGCAAAUCUCCUUUGAUGCCUCCAGAAAUCUUAUCUAUACUCGAUCAGCCAACUCGCAGCUUACUGUCUACCGUUGUGCUUCCUCGGCAAUUCUUGAGGAUGCCUCUUCCAAAAUAACAAAUUCCGAUUCAAACUUAAUUCGCCUCACUACGAUGAAUCAAUCAGAAUUAGCUAAUGCUGCUAGUUCAGUAGCUCCUUCGAUUGAUAAGAAGCGGUUCAAAAACAUUGUCUACAUCACUCCUGUUCAUUCCGACCCGAUCCAUCUGUUAGUCGUUCUUCAGACCGGUAUUCGCUUAUACUUAGGCGCCCAGCUUCAUUUGCUUCACGUUCGUCUGCCCCCUUCGCCUCGCGCGGUUGUACCUCCUUUUCUACGUCUUGGAACGAUAGAAACCCCUUCCAACCUUCCUCUCUCCUUUGGGACUGUUGAGUAUGUCUAA